AUGUUCUUCCUCUACAACAUGGAGCGCAGGGUCACCCUGCACCCCUCCUACUUCGGCCGGAACAUGCACGAGCUGGUGACGAGCAAGUUGCUGAAGGACGUGGAAGGCACCUGCGCAGGAAGUUACUACAUCAUUUCCAUCAUGGAUACCUUCGAUAUUUCCGAGGGUCGCAUUCUCCCAGGCAGUGGCCUGGCCGAGUUCACGGUGGGAUACCGAGCCGUGGUUUGGCGACCCUUCAAGGGCGAGACGGUUGAUGCUGUGGUCUACUCAGUCAAUCACCAGGGCUUUUUCGCCCAGGCGGGGCCUCUGCGGUUAUUCGUGUCGGCACAUCUGAUCCCGUCCGAGAUCAAAUGGGAUCCCAAUGCGACACCGCCGCAGUUCACCAACAAUGAAGAUACCAUCAUUGAACCAGGAACCCACGUGCGUGUCAAGGUAAUUGGUACGCGCACAGAAGUCGGUGAGAUGUGGGCGAUUGGCAGCAUUAAGGAGGACUAUCUCGGCUGCCUCCAGGACUAA